AUGUCUCUUAAGGUCGUCGUCCUCGCCUGCGUGGCUGUCGUCGCUCUGUGCGACAAGGCCCCAGUCCACGCCCCUCAUCCCCCCGUUUACGCCCCUAGACCUUCCUACCACGCCCCUGCUCCUUACCACGCCCCUGAACCCACUUACGACGCCCCCAAGCCCGCCUACCACAACCCCGAACCCGCCUACCACGCCCCCGAGCCCACUUACCACGCCCCCGAGCCCGCCUACCACGCCCCAGAGCCCGCCUACAACGCUCCGAAACACUAUGAAAAUGAGUACCCUGACGUGCACCCGAAGUACAACUACAACUACGGGGUCGCCGACGGUUACUCCGGCGCCAACUUCGGCCACUCGGAGUCCCGCGACGGCUACAAGACCGAGGGAAGCUAUACCGUCGACCUCCCCGACGGCCAAAAUAAAUCCAGAAAUAUUUUGAUCAGCACAACGACACAGGGAGGACCUACAACCACGUCAGUCUGGAGUCAAGAAAGUGAGAUUGUCUUGACGGUUGACACCAAGGAUAUAACGCCAUUCAGUAGUAAUGCGUAUCAAGGGCUUGAUAAUUAUUUCUUCAGGCUAUAA